ACUUUUCAAUGUAAUUGAAUAGUUCAUUCUGCGAAGCAAUAAAUCAGUAUAAACCUGCAUAUUUUGUGAUUAUAAAUAACAACUUAAAGGAUUUUUAAUGUGCUUAGGAGCUGAACAUUUUCAAGAAUACAAGCGAGUGAAUAAUUUUAGCUUUGUGUAUCGGCUUUCAUAGUGGUUGUAGUUUGCCUACACGCCGAUACUAGCUUCUUGCGUGUGCGUGAGGCCUUGAAAAUGUCGUUGUUUGCUUAGGCUUACAAAUUGAUUGUGAAAGUGAUGAGUGGUUUGUAUAAUCAAGUAAAGAAAUAACAUCAAUUAGAUGUUAUUGAGAAAAGUGUUAUCCAUUGCGAUAAUUCAGUGAACAAUUCUUCUAAGUUGUCAUCAUUUUACAUUAACGUCUAAAAAGACUGUUUUGACUCGCACUCUGGAUCACUAACGAGCAUUCUACUUCAGCUGGAUUACGUUCUUGGCAUUUUUACUAGAAAGGCAGAGAAUCGAAGCCGGAAGCCUGGAUACGCACAGGACUUUCAAAUCCAGGGCGACCCAUACUUGCGUGGUGAAGAGACCCUGUUCCUUUGGUUUCUUUCACAACUUCCACUAACAAAAGCCUUCAUUUUACAAGGUGGACGAGCAGAGCGCUCAGUCGGUGCAAAUUGCAACUUGAGGCGGAAAUCAGAGUGGUCCCAGUGAGGGAAGUGGAUAUCUACAGCGCAAUCUGUUGGAGGAUGGUUUGUGUACCAAAUCUACAAAACGAGACAUGCCAUGAGUCAGGCAAUGACAGCUGAUUACACUGACCACAAGAAGAUUGCAGAUUAUAUAUAUAUCAAUGACCCUCAAUUCCAUUUAAUGUAUGAAAGGAAUCAAAUAUUUGAUCAAGCGAGAGGCACAAAGCAAAGAACAUCCCGGUUUCCAGCUCUCUUUGGUUUCUGGAGGUCACUAAAGCGAUCAUACUCAUGGCGGCUAGUAGCAGUAGCACGAAGUGGAGAUAGAACAGACAGACUGAAGGCUGUGCAGCUCCUUGCUGAACUGAAGAAUUUGAAAGAUUGGGACUGUCGACAUGUGGCCCAAAUGUCUGAUGCUCGUACAGCAGUGGGACUUGCUCACAGUGAGGGCAUAGACUUGCGGUUCUUCUUGAAACCUCCUAACUGGCACUUAUCUCCAUCCAAAGAGGAAUUAACGGACAAAAUGUACAAUCUUCUCCUCUCUUUGAAUGAUGCAAAGAAACAUCCUUGCAUUACAUUAUUCCUUUCAAAGGCAUUCCCUGAGUUGCAGUACAGACAUAUUGUUUUUGAUAUCGAUCUCGCUACCAUGGAGCUCCCGCAGUCCCACAUCAGAAAAGAUAAUGUUCUACCACUCAGCAUUGAGAAUCUGUUGCACCAUUCUACUAUUGAAGAUAAUGCAAAAGACAUUGUUAAGUUCGGUGGUCUGCCACUGAUUGUGAAUUUGUGCAAACAUUUUAAGGGUGAUAUAGAUAUCACCAUUAAGUUGGUAAACCUGCUGUCCAACAUCUCUGCACAGGAUGGAAUGCUUCAGCACUUUUUUGUUACAGGAUGCAUUGGGCUUCUGGCUGGGUGGGCACAGCACCCCAAUAUCCGACUAUCUAUACCAGCUACACGUGCAUUGGCCAACCUAGACAUGGAUGAUACAGCUGGAAUUAAAUUCUCGUCACAUCUCCAUUUACUUUACCCUUCUGUACGCCAUGCUGAUUCACCAAAACUUGAUGUCAUAUUCAUACAUGGCCUCCUUGGUGGCGUGUACUUCACGUGGCGCCAGAGAGAUCGCAAAGAAACAAGUCCAAGAGUUAGCAGUAGGGUUCAUGGACAGGAUAUAGGCUCCAGUGUAAGUGAUGAGCAAACAAAGGAGUUCCUGGAAGACAUGGCUGAGUUGAAGCAUGAUGAGUGGGAUGAAUUAGGGUCAGAUUUUGAAAUGGUUCUUUCAGACUGUCCAGAAAAUUCAAAUUAUGAGGGUGAAGGACCAUACUCAUUUAGUGGUUGCCAUCCUUGUAUUCAACAAUCCAUGGAGGACUGCAAAACAUACAUAUCAUGCUGGCCACGUGACUGGCUCCCACAGGACUGCCAUCAUCUGCGUAUUAUUGGUGUGAACUAUGAUACCAAUUUGUCCAUGUGGUCUCCCACAUGUCCUGUUGAGAGAGUUACAAGGAACCUGGAAUAUCGCAGUAAAGAACUGAUGAAGAAACUAACACAGGCUGGCCUUGGCUCACGACCUAUUGUCUGGGUUGCCCACUCUAUGGGUGGGCUACUUGUCAAAUCAUUGUUGACCAAAGCAUCCCAGGAUGAGGACGAGGAAGUACAUGGAUUAUGUGACAAUACGAAGGCAGUGGUGUUCUACAGUGUACCCCACCGAGGCUCGCCACUCGUUUCUCUGACACAAGCUACUCAGUUGCUUUGGUGGCCAUCGAUGGAAGUGAAGGAGCUACAAGAGAAUUCGCCGGCACUACUAAGCCUUCAUUAUGAAUUUCUGAACUUGGUGGAGAAGGCAAAUAUUGAAGUAAUCAGCUUUGCUGAAACUAAGCCGACAUUUCUGUCAUCCCUCCACCUGCAGUUUCGCUUUGUGCCUACUCACUCGGCAAAUCCUGGCAUUGGUGAAUUUUUUGAAAUACCUCGAGAUCAUUUGUCUAUCUGCAAGCCAUGCAGUCGGCUGUCAUUCCUGUACCAGAAGCUACUGCAUUUAAUUCAGAAAUACAUACCAUCAGAUGAGUGACUUAGCAUGAUAUUUAUGAUGUCAAUAUACCUACAGAUCAAGUUAUAUUUUAUUUAUAUUAAGCCAUAUUUUUUAUGUGUAUAUGAGUACUAUCUGCAUCUGUUCUUUUGAGCAUUGUAUGCUGCCUUAACUUUUCUGUGGUAAGGAACUUGGUACAGUAUGGCAGGUAUUGUCUUUACAGAAAAAAUUGACAUCAUUAAGAUCCUUUAUUUGAAUGCUGUUAAAUACAUUAUGAGAGGUA